UCCCUCAGGCUGAGGUGAGCGCCGUACAGAGGGAAGGCAGACUCUAGAAGCACAACCCUCCGCCUGUCCUCACUCUGUAAUAGGCUGAACCGGGCUUCCGCUUCCUCGGGUCACACAUGGCUGCCAGCUCGGACUCCGAGGACAUGGAGACGGCGGGCUGCGAGCACUAUUCCCGGGGCUGUGAGCUGAGGGCUCCAUGCUGUGGUAAAUUUUACACUUGUCGAUUGUGCCAUGAUAACAAAGAAACGCAUAAGAUGGACCGUUUCAAGGUUGUGGAAGUCCAGUGUCUGAAGUGCAAGUGCAUUCAGAAGGCUCAAAAAAGUUGUGAGCAUUGUAACCAUGUUUUUGGAGACUAUUACUGCGAUAUAUGUCAUCUUUUUGACAAAGACAAGAAGCAGUAUCACUGUGAUGGAUGUGGUAUUUGCAGGAUUGGCCCAAAAGAACAGUUUGAGCAUUGUGAAAAAUGUAACUUAUGUCUGCCAUUGAGCUUCAGAGGAAACCACAAGUGCAUAGAAAAUGUCUCAAGACAAGACUGUCCUAUAUGUUUAGAGGAUAUCCAUACCUCCAGAGUGGGAGCACGUGUGCUUCCUUGUGGGCAUCUCCUACACAGUCCAUGCUACGAGGACAUGCUAAAACAAGGAUACCGAUGUCCACUGUGCAUGCGUUCUGUAUUGGACAUGACGCAGUACUGGCGCCGACUGGAUGAAGAAGUUGCUCAAACACCAAUGCCCACUGAAUAUCAAAAUAUGACUGUCAGCAUUCUUUGCAAUGACUGCAGUAAAAGAUCUACGGCGCCCUUCCACGUUCUGGGGAUGAAAUGCGAGAGCUGCAAGUCAUACAAUACCACACAAGAAGGGAAACUUCUAUCACAGUCCGCAACUCCAUAACCUCAAACCUUGUUCUGCUGUUUAAGGACAGAUUGCUAUGGCAUCUAAACUUUAGUCCUCCGAGAACACUGAAAACAAUAAGGAAAAUAUUGGUUAUAUAUAUCUCUCAGUUGAACAUGUAGCUGAAAGAAGAUUGAAAGUUUAAUUGUUGCCAGUUGCAAAGUUCUGCUAUGUUUAAUCCCUGAGGACUGUAACCACCCAUGUUUUCAAGAGGCAAAAGAAGAGCAUCUGACUUUUUAUCAUCAGAACAAAAAAAAAAAAAUAGGAUAAAUGACAAGAGGAAGGAGAUGUAUAAGAACAGAGCUUGGCAAUAUUGUUAGAACAAAUAAAAACUGAUUGUUGCAAA